CUGUGAUCAGCCCUGUACUUCUCAAUGUCAACUCUCGAGAUUCUGCCGGACAUGCUCAUCACCAUACACACUCCCAUGCAUCGAAUCAUAGCGUCUGGGAAGCAUCUACUCAUGAGCACUCCGCCUCUUCUUGCAACCAUGCACAUCACACGAAGAAUGAUAGCGCUGCAGGGCCAAUUGGUGCUCAAGUGCUGAAUGCAUCAGCCGAGUCUGGACCAAAUACAAUUCAAGAUGCUAUCGUUGGACCCCUCCUGGCUCUGCCAUGGAUUGCCCUUUCCUGGUACUACCAACACCAUGCGCAUUGGAAGAUGCAACAAGGAAUCUCAGGCGAUCCCGACGCGACCGCCUCGAGCAUCGGCAAAUUAGAACAAGUCGAACGGAAGACCGCCAUGCUGACAGCAGUUACACUGAUACUAUAUGGAUGCGGACAGAUCGUGCGAUCGGCACAGCGGGGAGGAUCCGACUCCGCUUCUGCACUUCCCCCGGUGAAUUCAAGCACGGCAAGGAUGGCACUUCUGCAAGCGGCUUCUCUUGCUUUGCCCAUAUAUGCUGGUCUGAAGAUUGGAGGCUUCCUGGUGGCUUUCAGCUUGCUUCUUGCAGUAGCCUCUGGAGUGCCUACGCUCCUUCAGGGGAAUGGAACCCACAGCAGUGGCCAAUUUCGAUUCGGUCAAAAGAAAGCAAGCGGUGCUGUUCUUGUCGCGGUCAUCGUGUUGAGUUUCUUGGGCUUGAAUGCAACCUGGGAUGAUCAUCCUUUCUUCGGUUACGCUUCUUUGCUUGUGUCCGUCUUUGUACUCCGUCCUCCAUUCUCAGGGGCCAAGUCGGUUGAUGUUGACCUAUCUACGCCCGCAUCGUCCAAGAAGCCGCUAUCAGAGUCGGGUGCAAGCGCUACUUCAGCUAAUGAUUCUGUAUUGGCUGUUUUGUCAGGCUUGUCUCUGACACUAGUCACAAUUGUCAUUUCCGGGAACAUCUCGUUUGAGGUCACUGACAUGGUUUAUCACCUUGCCGCCUCUGGUGCAUUUGCAAUCAGUCUAUUCGCUAUUGCCCCUUCGCAUCUACAGUCGCCGCAUAAACUAGGCCUCGUUCUAGGGAUGGGUAGCGCUGCCUUCUUCUCCUCACCUCCACUGCAGGACAACGCGCAGGUCAUUUAUGUCUCUCGGAUCGUUGUUUCACUCGUCUCCUACCUUGCUGCCCGUUAUGAUGUAAAGAGUCUGCGCCAUUCUGCGCAUUCGCAUGCUCAUGAGCAGCACAGCCCUUCAUCUGCCGAUGCUUCCAAAGUUACCAAGCUUAUCCUCCAUCACAGCGAAUCGUAUCCGCUUCUGUACAGUAUUCUCAAAGAAAGCGAUUCGCGACGCAUUUUCUACUUCAUGUGCCUUAACUUCAGCUUCAUGCUCGUGCAGUUGGCAUACGGCUUCUUGACUGGGUCCCUGGGGCUGCUCAGCGAUAGUAUUCACAUGUUCUUUGACUGCCUUGCUUUAGUCGUUGGUCUUUGUGCUGCUGUCAUGAGCAAAUGGCCUCCGAGUUCGAGGUUCCCCUACGGCUAUGGAAAAGUGGACACGCUGUCAGGUUUUGCCAACGGCAUCUUCCUCAUGAUCAUUAGUAUUGAAAUUAUCUAUGAAGCGGUUGAGAGACUGUCUUCUGGCAGCCAAAUGCACCGCAUUGGUGAGCUUCUCGUUGUCAGCAUUGCGGGUUUACUAGUGAACCUCGUCGGAAUUAUGGCCUUCGACCAUGGACAUGCACAUGGACACGACCACGGUCACGGACACUCGCAUGGUAACGAAAAUAUGCACGGCAUCUUUUUACAUAUUCUCGCCGAUACGCUGGGAUCUGUGGCUGUGGUGAUCUCUACCAUUCUAGUCCACUACUCUGGCUGGCCAGGGUAUGAUCCCAUCGCCUCGUGCUUGAUCGCAAUCUUGAUUUUUGCCUCGGCAGUCCCGCUCGUCAGCAGCACAGCGAAGACACUGUUACUGGCAUUACCGGCUGAUGUGGAGUACAAUGUCCGCGAAGCCCUAGCCGGGGUCAGUACUCUCCGAGGAGUUGUCGGGUACACAGUACCUCGAUUUUGGCUGGACGACACAGGGAAGGAGUCUUCUGGUCAUCACCACCACCAUGGCCAUGAUCAUGGUCACAGCCACUCCCACGGCCAUAGCCAGAGUCACUGUCAUGACCAUGAUCAUGAUCACAACCAUUCGCACUCCCACAGCCAUGGUCAUGGCAGUGAUCACUCUCACUCGCACUCUCAUUCCCCCUCCCACAAUCAUGCCCAUGGCCACAGCCACGAUCACGGCAGCCACACCCAUUCCCACAGCCAUGACCACCACAAUCACUCCCACGACAGCCAUAACCCCAAACUCCUCGGCGUAAUCCAUGUUAUCGCUUCCCGCGGCGCUGACCUCGAAGACGUCCGCCAACGCACAGUCAACUAUCUUCGCGAGAAAGACAUGAACAUCCUUGUUCAGGUCGAGCGCGAAGGAGACGGCCGGUGUUGGUGCGGCGGAGGUGGAAACAAAACUUCCUAAACCAUUUCACAAUUCUUCUUCCCUUCUAAAGUAUACAUAAUCAUUUCAGAUGACUCUGGGCAGGGCUGGUUAGACCGGUCUCAAGGGGUUUUCGCUGACUUUUUUCCCAAUUUACUUCACAUGAUGCUGUAUGUAUGUGUCGAUGUAUGUAUGUAUGUAUCUAUGUCUCCUUUGACUUUCGCCCGUUUUUUUUUUCUGCUUGAUGAAACCGGGGCAUUCAUGUUCUCAGCAACUGGGGCGGCUGUUCGUGACGGGGUCCGCCAAUAGGUAUAUGAUCUGGAUUACUUUUUAGUGAGUCGUCCCGAAGGGGUAACGACGAGUAUGUACUAUAGUUAUCUAAGAGUGUAUAAGAAUCGAGGGUGACCGCAACCUGUUCAAUUAUCC